UCAAAAACACGUGUUUUGUUGUUGAUAUUCACAAUACCAAUACAAUAUUAGGUUUUAGUUUGUGUUAAUUUGGUAUUAGGAGGAAAAGUACAUCGUUUUCUGGUAUGUCGGAUUCAGAUUCGUCUGAAGAUGAAGACUUAUCGCGGUUCAAAGAUGUCGUUGAUGUCACAUUCACCAAGUUAAUUGACGAAUCUCGUGGGCUUGUGUCUGAACACAAAGAUGAGCCCAAACCAAAGUCAGAAAGAUAUUUGGAGGAGGCUAGUCACUAUAACGACGUCAAAGUGCCGGCGGAAAUGCAGAAACGGAUUGGCGCCAAAAUGUCUGCUGUUAUAAACAAAAAUGUGGAAUUUAUUGAUGUACAACAGAAUGGGAUCAAAAAACACAAAAUCAAAGGUGGUGUAAAACUAUUUAAGGAUUCCAAAGGAUUCUUGUCAUGUGAAGAAGUCAAAGAUACAUACACGGAAAUUCAUAAUAAGGAGUCAAAGAAGAUGUUGAAAAAGAGGAAGAUAGAGGAUGAGCUUGAUGAAAGUGAAAAAAUAAGUGGUGUGGCUGUGAGUGGAGAAUAUGUAUUAUCUAAAGAAGAAACCAAGCUCUGGAAAUCUAGGCGAAAAGAGAAAUUGUUCAAAUACAAAUCAAAAGGCAAAAGUAAAGUACUAACUGCUAUAGAAUAAAUCUGUUAUUUACUUUAA